ACUUGCCUCGUCCCUCUCUUCCUCUACAACCAACUCACCCAACCUGGCUCCUUGUAACACCCACAAUCGUCUCCCUAGGACGCGCAUAUAGUCGGCUGUGCAGACAGUUCAUGUCUUUCAAGGCCAUUGUCUAUGCUUAUGUGCUCGGAGGUCUCACAUUCAUCCCGCUCGUCGUCCUUGCAGCCUGCUUCUAUGCGAUAUACACGUCCGUACCCGUGGGGGAUCCGGACAUCGACAAACACGCUCGUGCGAAGUUAGAGCAGCGCUCUCAAGCUCUCGAAGGCGAGAAAGAGGGCGAAGGAGCAGCUCCAGCCACCCCUUCUGCGCCGUCCGAGCUCAAUGACCUCCCCAAGACUCGGAGGGGUUGGAUGACAGUGCGCAGGACGUUUGAGGAGACCGCAAGUGACGGCUCGUACGUCGGGCUCGUCAAGGGCUUUUUGGAUGCGCGGUCCAAGGAUCCAAAGCGUUCCCGGCCAAAGGACAUGUGGUACAUGGUGCUCAAGGGGAAGGUCCUAUAUCUGUACGAGGACGAAAACAUGACGGAGUGCGAGGCCGCCAUAGAGCUUGGAAGUCACGAUAUUGUUGUCUAUCCCGAGGGUCUCCAAGACGGCGAGCUCUUCGCGAAGCGGAACGCUAUCUGCUUGAAGCCCAAGGUGCCGAAUGUGGACGAUAGCAUGCCGAGCAUCACGAAGGAGAUGCAGACGACGCCAGACUUCACGGACGAGGUGUUACAGAAGGGAGGAGGCGAGAAGCAGAAGCAGAGGGACAAGGCGCGGGCACAGGAGCUCGAGAAGCGGCACGAGGAGGCGAGGCAGGAGGCCCUCGAUCCGUCUACCCCAUGGUUCAUCUUCGUUCGCUCAAACGUGGAUAUGGAGGACUGGUACUUCGCUCUCGUCCAUGCAUCAGACAAUCCGCCGAACAGCUCGACCCUUGCGCCACUCCAGCCAGUCUUCCGCCCAUCCGACGUACUGCACCUCAUCGAGACUCUCGAUGAGCAGCCGGACGUCAUUCCCAUGCGCUGGCUGAACGCCUUGAUUGGACGAAUCUUUUUCAGCUUCUACAGAACGCAGCAGCUGGAGUCGUACAUCAUUGGCCGCCUGAUGCGCAAGUUGUCCAAGAUUAAGCGACCCGGCUUCCUAACAGACCUAUCGGUUCGCGAAGUAUCCGUCGGGAACAAGGCACCCACGCUCAGCAAACCUAUGCUCAAGGAGCUCACCAAAGAAGGUGAUGCCUCCCUCGAAAUUCAUCUCCACUACAAGGGCGAGGUCCGCAUUACUGUGGAUGCUACGGCAACCAUUAACUUGGGUGCACGUUUCAAGUCAUACACAGUGAAAUUAGUGCUCGCUGCCGUACUACGGGAGAUCGAGGGCAACCUCCUUAUCAAGGUCAAGCGUCCCCCAAGCAACCGUAUCUGGUACGCCUUCACGCAGAUGCCGCGAAUGGUGUUGGACGUGGAGCCGGUCGUGAGCGAUCGACAAAUAACAUGGAGCAUGAUCCUUAGCACGAUUGAAUCUCGGUUGAAGGAAGUGAUCCAGGAGUCCGUAGUGCUACCGAACAUGGAUGACAUCGCGUUCUUUGAGAGCUCGAAGUAUAUGCACCGUGGUGGUAUCUGGGCCGAUGCAUCACGCAACGAACGCGAACUGUUCCCGACUUCACCAGAUUCAGAUGAGGAGAAACCGCCUUCGUCAGCACCUGCCUCUGACCCUACCACGCCGCUCGCGUCAGAUAUAGACCACGUUGGUCUGCAACGGUCCAGUUCCGCUCCCAUCGAGACCCAGGUGACCGUUGACGCUACGCCCGAAACGAUACCCCCUGCUCUCUCAUCUCGCGCCAAAACUAUCUCGACAUCAUCAGUUUCAUCCACCGGCUCCGCCGCCAGAAAACGCACUUGGUUCGGCGGCAGUCGAGAUGAAGGCAUCACAUCACCUGAACAGCCUAGUCACCCCGAGCUUACGGAGCCUGAGCGAGGUCGGACUGGUGCCCCUGAUGUGGCGGACAACCGCAGAUCGAGCUCUACCCCUCAUGACACCCAAACUGAAGGCUCUGCCCGUUCGGAUACGUCCGAUAAUCACAGCGGAUCGGAAGAAUCUGACUCUCGGGUGCCUGCUCGUCGGUCUUUGUCGCGGCACUCGUCGUAUUCUGCACCUUCGCAGGAUGCAGCCCAGAGCAGCUCUUCCGGCGCACCAUCCACCAGUCCAGCCGAGUCUCUUUUGGCCGGCCUCAGGUCGAAAAGCCCUGCGGCAUCCGUAAAGACCAAUCCUGGGAGCCCUACGUCCAACUUCUUCCAGACGCUCAAAACGCGCGACAAACAGGCCAUCAGCAAUUCUGCCAAGGAGGCUAUGCGGAAAUGGGGCGUCAACUGGGGCGGACUCAAGAAGGAUGCGCAGACAACCAGCGGUGACGAGGUCCCUGAUGGAGAGAUGCAGCGGCAGCCGGCAGACAAGGCCAACAAGGCACGCCCUGGUUAUGCAGAGGUCCGCGCUGCCGUUGAACAGCGUAGGGUGCCCUAUAAUAAUGAAGCAAUGCGCCAAGCAUAUCGUCGACUGGUCCGGGGAGCGCGUCAGGACAGUCCGCCGGCAACACGUCGUCUACCUCAGCCUCGCCGCGAUCGGACAGAUUGA